UUUCUGCUCAUGGUUAGGAGAUGUAAAGAGAGAAGAUGUGCAAAGACGCCCUGCCUGGCGCUAGACCAGGAGCCCCGGUCUUCGUCACACUCUGUCCUUUGGUAGCACACCCCAUCCUAAACAUGCUCACACCAACAAUACAAAGAACCUGGGAAAAGGCUAGUCGGCCGUUAAAAACCUUCUCUUUCAAUAACAGCGGCUAUUUGUGAAAGGUGAAUAGAAGAACUCUGAUAUUAGCGAGGGAUUUUUUUUCUUCAUUUACACGUCCGCUUUUCAAGCUAAUAUCGGAUGUCUUCAAAAGCAUUAAUAUCUUUAUAACAGAAAUGUCAGCUGCAAACGAGCUGAUUAUUGCAUAGACCUUUUCUUAAUGUGCGGGUUUGCUUUUGUUUCUGUUUUGUGUUUGUUUGCUAUGACAAAAGAGAGAGAAGAAUUGAACUUCCAAACUUCCAGAAUAGUUUCCUGUGCCAUCUGAUUUGUGUUGUCUUUUGACCAAAACCGAUUUUAACGCUGGGUGAAAAGGACAACGACUCCGAAGCGAGUUACUCAUUGCCUAAUUGUAUGCCGCCCAUCUAGACUCGGGUAACUUUUGGCUGACCCCUGCCACGGAGGCAAUGCAGGUCCACUGUAGGCGGUGUUGCUCUGGCGUUUGAUGCUGGCUCCUGAUUUCCUGUCCUUUCCCUGAUAUUCAGCGUUCGCCUUCCUUUCUCUCUUCUUUCUGUUUGCUGCCCUGCAGCUAGCGAACCUUUCUCGCGGUCCCUUACCUUUUAAGGCAGGGAAGGACCUCCAAGGGCUAGGAAAGGCAGGGGAGACAAAAGGCAGCGAUUCACCUGGGGGAGCCGGCGGGUGGAGCGGGGAGAAAGGGGGCAGAUGGAGGUUGCCACACUGCUGGAGCUGGCCAUCAAUUGAUGAAUCGGGUUUUACGGAUUCACGUCUCCUUUGGAAACAUGUGCGGGGGGAGGGGCGGGCAGCGCACACGAGUCGGAUAAAAUGUGGAUCCCUUGAUUACCCGUAUAUUAUUUAGUGAAAUUUGAGGAAAUUGUGGUGUACUGUACACACAAAUCCGGUGAUAAAGUACCCUGUCUCCCGAUUGGCCGAACCGGUCACGUGGGCGCCUAACUUUAUUCAGUUGACAGCAAGUAGGAGGGCUCUGUGGAAGGAGAAAAAAAGACAGCACGAGAAAAAUUAGUAUUUUCUAUCUUCCGAAAUUAAUGGCCAUGAGUUCGUAUAUGGUAAACUCGAAGUAUGUGGACCCCAAAUUCCCCCCUUGUGAGGAAUAUUUGCAGAACAACUACCUAGCCGAGCAAGGCUCGGAUUACUACGGCGCCUCGCAAGACUCGGACUUCCAGCACCAGGGACUCUAUGCACGGCCGAACUACAGCGGGCAGCAGCAGUACAGCUGCAGCAAUGCCCAGGGCUCGGCGGUGCAGGCGCGGGGUCACGGGCAGGAGCAACCCGGCCCGACAGGUCACUUCCCUGGGCAAGGGGAGCACUGCCCACCGCCCCCCAUGCCUGCCCCCAGGACUUGCAGCCAGCACCCAAAUCUCAAAAGCCCCAACGGGUCACCCGCAGCAGCAGCCAAGCAGCCAGCCGUGGUGUAUCCCUGGAUGAAGAAAGUCCACGUUAACUCCGUAAAUCCAAACUACACAGGAGGAGAACCGAAGCGCUCUCGCACAGCUUACACCAGGCAGCAAGUCCUUGAACUGGAAAAGGAAUUCCACUUUAACCGGUACUUGACCAGGCGGCGCCGGAUUGAAAUCGCCCAUACGCUGUGUCUCUCCGAACGCCAAAUCAAAAUCUGGUUUCAGAACCGAAGGAUGAAGUGGAAAAAAGACCACAAACUGCCCAACACCAAAGGCCGCACAUCCAAUUCAUCCUCCACCUCCAGCCAACACUUACAAACUGUUUCCAAGGAACACCAAACGGAUUUGACCACUUUAUAGGAAACUUGGAAACAAGCCUUUUUCCAAGGAUUGGCUUCGGAAUUAAGCUGCCCAGCAUAUAGGCAGUCAAAUACAUGUGCUUACACGCACACAGUGACACCGACACUCAUCCUAGUGAAAGGGAAAGCGACGUGUAACACUUUACAACUCUCCAGUGGGUCGCCUCCUGCUUUCUAAGGUAGUGGAGACAAAUGUUAUGGACCACAGGAGUGACGGAAGUCAACCUAACCAUUCAAACAAACAAAUUCUGUA